CGAGCUUCGGCGCCCUCUGAUAGGCUGGUUGGGCACCGAGGCGGGACUUUGUCCACUUCGUUCUGAAAUAAGAAACCAGGCGGGCGAAACAAGCGGCUGGCUUUUUUUAAAAAAACCGAAGGCGGGUCUUUGCCUGCCAGUCAUUCAAAUCGUUGUAUCCUAUUGGUCCUUUUUUUCUCCCAUCUUUUAAAUCCAAUUGGCUAAGGAAACGGAAUGAGGGAGAAGUCCAACCAAUGAGCAUGUAGCAAUCGGUUUGAAUUGUUAGCUCUGGGAAAGAGAUGCUGCUUUGGGUGAGGCUUGUUAAAGAGGACUCCAAGCGAACUGCGUUAAUAAACUGAGUCUUGAAAAAAACAUGUGCAAAAGUAAGCGACGACAAUGUCAAUGGAGAGCCAGGAGAAAAUAUGUGAUGAAAAGAAGGAAAGGAAUGAUUCAGCCUCAGCGGCCAAAAGUUCUCCCUUCGGAGCCUACAGAAAGUCCUCGCACUCAGAACAGACCCCUUUGCUUUCGGCCUUCGGCUGUCCUGAGCCUCACAGGAGCAAUGAAACCUUUGCUGACCACAGCCACAGGUUGCUGUCUAUGGUGCUGGAAAACAGUUUUACAGAUUUUUGACGUCAUGAAAAGCUCAGUAUUUCCAUCAGUCGCAUAUCGGCAGGAGCUCCACACACUCAGGGAACGGUUAGAAAAGCUAGAAACGGAAUUUUUAAGGCUACAAUCAUUGGUUCAGAAUGGAGUUGCUGCUACUUCUGCUGAAACACUUGCUUGCCAAGGCUCAGGGAGUCCAUUGCUGGCUUUUCCUGGAAAGACAGAGGUUGGCUUUCCAGGACCGGUGCCUCUUCCUUCCCAACCGAUGGUGCCACCUGUCCCGCCACCUCCGCCUCCGCCUCUCCCUCCACCACCUCCUCCACCAGCACCUCUUUGCUUCAGAAAGACCGGUGGGAUCAAGAUGCAGCCUCAGGCAACCUCAUCGAAAAAAGAUGUACCCAUGCAAAUCACACUCCAGGAUCUCCUGAAUGUAAAACUAAAGAAAACACAGGACGGCACUGGGAUUGACAAGAAGGGAUCACCAUUUGAGCAACGCAAGGCAUUAGUCACAGUCUCAGAUUUGCAAAACAUCAACCUGAAAUCCAAAGCUCCACGGCCGCUUGUUCGUGUCACUAAUCAUUUAAUUACUCCCAGCAAAGGUGCUUUAGACUUUCGAAAGCACCUCAAAAAGCUUGCUAUUAAGAGGAGCCCAGGUGGAACCCCAUUAACUAACAAAGAGAAUGCUGAAACCGGGACGGGACUGACCCCACUCAUGACCCAGGCUCUACGGCGCAAAUUCCAGUUGGCUCACCCAAAGAGCCCUUCUCCAGCUCAAUUACCUAAUGGAGGCAGCUUUGAAGAGCAAAGUUAGUAGAUCUCCUGAUAAGAAGUCCAACCUUGGCUUCUUCCACCCUUCUGAUGGAUUGCCCUGAAGGAAUUUGCUCACAAGAAAGUACAUAGCAGGGAAAGGUAAAUGAAUUUAGAAGCCCUCUUAAUAUAUCCCAUAUAUUACUGAAUGUGACUACCAGCAAUCUUAAAUAGCAUAGCCCUUGUUGAGGAUUGUCUGAAGUUGCGAUCCAACAUUAUUUGGAAGAAAAUACUUUGCUUUCCCCGCUACUCUGGAGCAGCCUUCGCCAAGUUGGCACUCUUCAAGGUUGUUGGACUACAAGCCCACUCUGCUUGCACAUGUUUAUGAGUUUGACUUUUGCUGAUCGAUUGAUUUUGAAUUUGUUUGGAUCUUGAAGCAUUGCAAUUCAACUGCGUUUGAAUUUCUCUCUUCUUUUUUCAACUUUAAAAUGUUUUGAGCAGCAUUUGCACAUUGGAAAAAAAUAUUUCGUGAACAUGGAAGACGUGUUUAAGUGUAAAGAAAUUCAAAAGCAUGUAUUAUUUAUAAAAAGGAAAAAAUCCACCAUCCAGGCACAUUUGCAGCAAAUGAAAAGCAACAGUGAAAGAGCCAGACAUUUGGCAAGAGGAA